CUCACUCCACCUCUUCACACUCUCACAUGUAAACACAGACGGGCUAAAGAAUGUGACUAAUAAGGACGCUUCAGGUUAUUAGCUCUAUAAAAGAGCUUCAAAACAUCCACACAGCACCGCUGAUUACAUACAGGUCGUGGUAUAAAGAUGAAGGCCAUGCAGGUGAUUUCCUUGACUCUGCUGUCUGUGCUGGCAGCCAGCGCUCAGGGGCUGAAGUUCGGCAGAUGCCCCAAACCUGCUGUGCAAGUCAACUUUGACGCUAGCAGGUACAUUGGUAAGUGGUAUGAGAUCCAGAAGCUGCCAACAGCCUUCCAGAAAGGUGAGUGCGGCACUGCCACCUACAGCGCAAAGAGUCCUGGAGUCAUCGGGGUCUUCAACCAAGAGCUGCUUGAUGAUGGCACCGUUAACGGCAUCGUCGGCUCUGCCAAGGUCAAGAACCCCGCUGAGCCCGCCAAACUGGAGGUCUCCUUCUUUGAGGAUUCUCCUCCUGGUCCCUACUGGGUGUUGUCCACCGACUAUGAGGGUCACUCUCUGGUCUACGGCUGCACCGACUUUGGCCUGUUCUGCAUGGAGUUUGCCUGGAUCCUGAGCAGAGAGCCCACCCUGCCUGAGGAGACCGUAGAGGAGCUGCACAGCAUCCUCUCAUCUGCUGGAGUCAACGUGGACAAGCUGGUCCCCACAAACCAGGACGAGACUUACUGCAGCCCCAUGAACCAGUAAACAGAGAUACUCCUGUUUCUGCCUAAAGAACUGUGAGAUGUGGAUUAAUGACGUGAUGUUUGGUGUGUGUCGCCAUGUCAAGUGUUUUUCAAACUCAGUGCAAUAAACCUGUAGAAGGAAA